AAGCGCGUGCGGGAGAGGCCGCGGGGCCCCCAGGAACGUUCCGGGGUCCCCCCGGGCCCCCCGGCCCUCCGGCCGCCAUGGCGGGACAGGCGCAGGUGCCGGUGACCUUUGAGGAUGUGAUGGUGUUCCUGGGCCGGGCAGAGUGGGACUCGCUCCAGGCGGGACAGCGGGAGCUGUACCGGGACGUUGUGUUGGACACCUAUGAGCUCCUGACAUCCCUGGGUUAUCCAGGCCCCAAACCCGACAUCCUGCACCGGCUGGAGCGUGGGGAAGAGCCCUGGAUCUGCCCAUCCCCAGGACACACCAGGAGCUGGCAGGAGGAGCCGCUCUCCAGCUGGUGGCCCACACCUGGUGGGAGUCCUGGGCUGGAGGAGGGUCCAGAUCCCCCAAGUCCAGGCUGGCGCACUCUGGGGUGUCUCCAGGUUCAGAACUUGGGCUGUGGGGAGGGAAGGAGCGAAUUCCCAUUGGAAGCGGCCGGCGGAAUGGGAAGCCAAGCCCAGACGUGGCCUGUGAAGGAGGAAGUAGAGGAUGAACAGGGAGUCACGGAAAACCCACCCCAGAGCGGGACAUUCCCGCCUCACUCCACGGGGGAACAGCAGGACACGGAUCCUCGGGAGCAGCCGUGGGAGGACCCCGGGGAGAGGAGUCCUGGGAGCAGCCAAAGCCACGGACACACCUCGGGGGAGGCGCUGCCCCUCUGGGAGCCGUGGGAGCUGGGAACGGAGGAGCUGAGGAAGGCCGUGCUGAAGGAUCACAGCUACUGCCUGCGGAGCAGGCUGGGAAGGCCCUGCUUCGCUCCGGGGCCCUGCUCCACGGGGGAGCACAGCUAUUCCCAGAGGCGCUGGACGCACGGCGGGUUCUGCUGCGCCUGGAGCCGCAGGGCCAGGGCUGCCCGGCCGCUGCUGGGGCAGCGACCCCACGUGAAUGGGAUCCUCCGCAGGGCCAGGGACAUCCUGCGCUCCUACCGGCCCUACUGGAGGGCGGCCGCGCCCCGGAGCUGCUGCUCCCUCUGCCGCGCUCGGACGGACAGGACGCCUGCGGGGAGUUGUAUUCCCAAGGAUCGGGACGGGCCGGGCGCCCUCCGGAGCGACGGGAAUGCCGGAGGGGGGACGAUGGACACGCAGGCCACAAAAGUGAGGCCUCUGGAGGCUCCGAGGACCCAGUGGCUCCAGGAUCUUGGAGCCAAGGGGGACGUUAAGGGAUGUGCGGGAUGCGGGACAGCCGAGGUGGCGUCGCUCCAGGGCGUGUUCCAGGCGGUGGUCCAGACGGUCGGACAAAUGUUGGAAUCCGUGUGCCGGAAGCUGGAGCUCCAGGGGUUCACCCAAGGGAAGAGCAUCUGGCCCAUCAUCAUCCAGAUCGACAACGUGGCGGAGAUUGAACAGCUGUGACUUCCAGGGAAAAGGGAUCGGAGUCCCUGGGGAAACCUGCCAGGGGGGGAUCUGGGAGGAGGAACAGGGCAGGGGUGGAAAACUGGGAGUGUGGGGCCUGUGGGAAAGGGGGAGGCUUUGAGGAAAGGAGAGGAGCAGUGUGGGUCAAAGGAGGAAAUAAAACAGAGAGGGGAGAACUGAGUCAUGGAAUCAUGGAAACACUUGAAUUGGAAAGGACCUUAAAGCCCAUCCAGUGCCACCCCUCCCAUGGGCUGGGACACCUUCCGCUAUUCCAGGUUGCUCCAGCCUGGCCUUGGACACUUCCAAGGAUCCAGGGGCAGCCACAGCUUCUCUGGGCACCCUGUGCCAGGGCCUGCCCACCCUCCCAGAGAAGAAUUCCUUCCCAAUAUCCCUGCCCUCUGGCACUGGGAAGGCAUUCCCAUCUCCUGUCCUUCCUGACUGGUGGCUGAUUGGUGUUUUCCAGACAGGAUGGGCCC